UCGACUUCGUGCGAUUACAAAAUGGCGAAACCAACAAGUGAUCUUGUUCUUUUUCAAUUACUCGACGAAAUAACACUGGAUUCAUCGAAAAGUGAAGACAGCGAAACAAGCAGUAGUAAGAUAACAGAAAUAACAGACGAUUCUCUCUGUGGAUGCGUUCAACACUUGAACGUCGGGAGCAUUGAGAACACAAUUCUAAACGCACCCAUCUAAUCGCUUGUAUCAUUUCAACGCCAAGUAGCAGAACGCAAAAUAGCGCUAUUAACACUGUCAGCGUCCAAGUAGAAUGUACCCCUAGACCACGGACUUCGACGUUAGGCUAGGUUCUUGAGUCCUAAUGUUUUUUUGGACAAUCUCCACCCUACCAUAUACCAUAAAGAAGAAGAUCGUCAUGGUGCGUGUUUCACAUAAAUAAAGAAGAUAGAAAAAUCAAAGUAAACAAAAUUACGACAUUCUGAAAGUGAAAAUUAUCAAACACCACGAUGCACGAAAAGUGUUUCAGUGAAACGAAGUGUUCCAGUGAAACGAAAAGGCUCCAAUUUGACGUGGCAAAGUGUUAGCAAAGUGAUUAAUCACAAUCACAAUUCCAAUGAAACCUAAACAGAUUAUCAGUGAUCAGCAGUGAAUAAAGAUAAAUUCCGAAACAAUUAGAACAAUGGACGAUAAAACAUGUUCGAAACAGUUCUAAAAUGUAUUGGAUUUAUGAUAAUCGCAACGUUUCCUUCCGGGAACGGUGCAGAUACAGUGCCCUACGAAAUCGACUGUAAUAACCUAUUAAUGGGACAGUACAUAUGCCCCCAUCCGGAUUACGAUCUAAUUGAUAUAAAAACGCAACAACCUCGGGGUUGCAGCGAAGAAAACAAAGCGACAGUUUUAUGCCAAACAGCAGACGGUUUAAUAUGUACACAGACAGGAAAUAAUACUUUCAAAAAAGAAAUUCCUUGCAAAUGGACAAAUGGAUAUUCCUUUGAAACUUCCAUGUUGUUGUCCAUUUUUCUUGGAAUGUUUGGAGCUGAUAGAUUUUAUCUUGGUUAUCCAGCAAUUGGUUUGCUGAAAUUGAGCACUUUAGGAUUUCUAUUUCUCGGCCAGUUCUGUGACAUCAUCCUUAUUGCGACACAAAUUGUUGGUCCAGCUGAUGGCUCUCAUUAUGUUAUGCCGUACUACAGCGCUGCAAUAAAUAUUAUAAAAAGUGAUAACGACACUUACAAAGUGCCACAACCUGACUGGUGAUUGAAAGACUUUUAUCCCAUUGUUUUUCUUGUGAAUUUUCCUAAAGUAUUUACUAUUGAAAUACAAAUAAUAUUGCAUCGAA